AGCUCUCAUGAUUACCUAUGUCCUAUGAAAAUAAAUGAUUAUGUUGAUUAGAUGUGUUUCGUUUCGUUAGGUUAUUGAUUAUUCUAUUAAUUAUAUCGUGGGAUAUUUUUAAUACAUUUCACAAUGUAUUAUACGACCGUAGUAACAAUUAGCAAACGGAUGAAACAAUUCUCCGCUUAUGCAAAUUGUAUUCGUUCAUUCAGCUCCACGAAUAGAAUGAAUAAAGAAAUCGUGAUCAUUGGAGCAGCUCGUACUCCAAUCGGUUCAUUCGGAGGUUCCCUAUCAACUCUAUCAGCUACAAAAUUAGGAUCUAUUGCAAUUCAAGCAGCCAUCGAAAGAAGUGGCGUCCCGAAAGAAAAUGUUACCGAAGUGUUUAUGGGAAAUGUGUGCCAAGCCGGUGCCGGACAAGCUCCAGCAAGACAGGCGGCUUUAUUCGCUGGUUUGCCUGUAUCGACCAUUUGUACAACUAUAAAUAAAGUAUGCGCUUCGGGCAUGAAAUCCGUUAUGUUUGGGGCUCAAAGUUUACUGUGUGGACAUCAAGAUAUAGUUGUAGCUGGUGGCAUGGAAUCGAUGUCCAAUGUACCGUAUUAUAUGAAUCGUGGAGAAACUAAAUACGGCGGCGUUUUCUUAGCUGAUGGAAUCGUUGCUGAUGGUUUGACCGAUGUUUAUAAUAAAAUUCAUAUGGGCAAUUGCGCCGAAAAUACAGCCAAAAUUUGCAACAUUAGUCGUCAAGAACAAGAUGAUUAUGCUAUAAGUAGUUAUAAACGAAGUGAACAAGCCUUCGCUACUGGAGCAAUAUCUGAUGAAUUGGUAUCAGUUUCAGUGCCACAGAAAAAAGGUAAACCAGAUAUUGUAGUGAAAGCAGAUGAAGAAUAUAAACGUAUCAAUUACGACAAAUUUCGUCAAUUAUCUACCGUAUUCCAAAAAGAUGGUACCGUUACUGCUGGGAAUGCUUCAACCAUAAAUGAUGGAGCAGCAGCCUGUGUUCUCACCACAGCCGAAACUGCCGCUAAAUUAAACAUUAAACCAUUAGCUCGUAUUGUUGGAUUUCAAGAUGCGGCAACCAAUCCAAUCGAUUUUCCAUUAGCGCCUGCUUUUGCUAUUCCUAAAUUACUCGAACAAUGUAAUGUCUCUGUAAACGAUAUUGCCUUGUGGGAAAUUAAUGAAGCUUUCAGCGUAGUAGUGCUUGCCAAUAUUAAAAAAUUGAAUAUCGAUCCGGAGAAAGUCAAUGUACACGGGGGCGCUGUGAGUUUAGGUCAUCCUAUUGGAAUGUCUGGUGCCAGGAUAAUUGUUCAUUUGGCCUAUGCCUUGAAAGCUGGUGAAAAAGGCGUAGCUUCAAUUUGCAACGGAGGAGGUGGAGCGUCUUCGAUAUUGAUAGAAAAAUUGAAAACUGAAAGACUUGAAAAUAGACUUCCAAGACUGACACUUUACACCAAACAUCCUUGUUCAUUAUGCGACGAUUUAAAACAAGAAUUACAACCUUUUUAUCAUCGUGUUUCUUUCGAAGAAGUCGAUAUAACGCUGGAAGAAAAUCAAAGAUGGAAUAAUUUGUACAAAUAUGAAAUCCCUGUGUUACAUUUAGAAAAUCGUUUCUUAUGUAAAAAUGAACUGAAUAAAGAUACACUGGAGAGAAACUUGAGUGAUUUAGAACGUGAGUGGAAUUUAUGAUGUGUAAUUUCUAAAAUAAUUUUAAUAAUAAAACUACUUUUAUUGA